CAUGGCCCAGUAAAAGAUGAGAGCGUGCGGCUGUGAUUCCCCACCUCCAUCGUGGCUGGUGGUGGUGAGAUCUUCCAUCAAAAUACAGCCAAAACAAUUCCCCACUACUACUUCCACUGCUGGACUCUUCCGCUUCUGAGCUUCCAGAUUACUGUUUCCAUUCAUAUAAAAAAUCUCUCGUCUUUUGGUUUAUUGAAACGCUUCUUCUCAAUCCACAGCGUAUUGAGCGGAGUGGCGAUUUCCCACCGAUUCAUUUUCUCUCGCCAUUUCUCUGCAACCAAACAGCAUCCUUUCAGUACAACCGCCAAAAAUGUCCAGCAAUGAUGGUUUCGCAGGUGUUUCAAAUUGCUAUGUAUUCAAAAGCCGAUUACAAGAGUAUGCACAAAAAGUGGGACUUCCGACACCUUUAUACGAUACCAUCAAGGAAGGUCCUCCCCAUGUGCCUUCCUUUAAGUCCACAGUGAUAGUGAAUGAUGUCAGGUAUGAUUCUCUACCUGGAUUUUCCAAUCGCAAGGCAGCAGAGCAGUCAGCUGCUGAAGUUGCUCUUGUGGAAUUAGCUAAAUCUGGGAACAUGAAGGAAUGCAUUUCUCAACCUGUGCAUGAAACAGGCUUAUGCAAAAACCUGCUCCAAGAAUAUGCACAGAAGAUGAACUAUGCAAUUCCAAUGUAUGUAUGCCAGAAAGAUGAAUCACCAGGUAGAGCAGCCUCUUUUUCUUGUACAGUUGAGAUUGGGGGGAUUCGUUAUAUUGGAGCUGCAGCAAGAACAAAGAAAGAAGCAGAGAUCAAAGCUGCUAGAACUGCUCUCUUAGCAAUCCAGGCAAAUACAGAUGGAGUUGGUGAGAAAUCAAUUGGCAACACUCAGUUGACAGUAAUACCGGGCAAAAAGAAGGGACCAGAGUCAGGUAAUCUUGAUGAGCCUGCAAAAGCUCUCAAACCAAAGAAAGCUCGUUUCAAAACCAAGGGGCUUAGGAAGAAAUUCCCUGGAAACAAGGUAGGCAAUGAUCAAGUUGAAGAUACAAGGGGUAUGGAGGUUGAUAUAGAUAAUCAGGUGGGAUCAGAACUGCUUCAGACUGAUGCAUCUAUGGUCCAAGUAGCUGAAUCUGGACUGUUGUCCAUGGAAUCAAAGGAGAAUGUUGAAGGGGAGAAAUCAAUUGUAAACCAAAAUGGGGGGGACAAAACUGUUGCUGAAGGUGACCCAAUUCCUGAUAUCAUUGGUAAUUGUCAAAAUGGGCAAGCAACAGCUUCAGACAUAAAAAAAACCGACCAUAAAGCACCUCCUGAGCUGGGAAUCUCUUCCAUGUCCCCUGCAGAAGUUUUAGUCACUGUGGCCAUGGAGGUGAACAAGGUUUCUGAAGCUGGACUGGUGGAUUCCGCGAUAAUGAACAGUCCCAACGAGGAUCAGACAGAGGCUGCAAGUGCCGCAAAGGAUUUCAAGCAAAUGGGUGCAAAUGAAGACGAUUUCAAGAGCAACGGAGCAAGCGCCCUGGGCAUUGUGGCCUCAAAUCUAGGGUGAAUCAGGGGGGAUUUUGAUAGAUUUGAUUUGUUCUACAGUUUAGGAAAAUUACAUAAAAAAAAGGGGAGAUGUUCUCUUAGAAGUAUUGGGUCAGGGACAUCUUAAAAUUUUCAAAAUUAAUUUGGAGGGCGUGGGUGCAGGCCGCUCAUUCUGAGGCUACACCUGAUACAGGGUGCCCUUUUUGUUUGCUAGGCAGGGCUUAUGCUUGGAUAAUAUAUACACAAAUAUUAGCAUAAUUGGAGCAGGGGGAUCAUAUAACAGGUUCUUUUGAUGUGGAGUUUGAGAGGCUUGCGUUUGAACUCGUGAUUUUCAAAUAUGAAGAGACUUUGAGUUUAUUUCUA